AACACCCACUAAAUGCAAGUUAGAGAAUGACUGGAAUACUUCAGCUGUUAUUACUGGUCAGCAUGACCGUGGCUUCUGAGCCAUCGUGUCCAGCGUGCUCCAAAUACGAUUACGAGGAAAAGGUUCUCGAGAGAAUGAUUCGCAUGGAGUUCGCUUUUAAGAAAGUGUUAAAGGAAAACAAGGCUAUAAGCAAAACUGUUGAGCACGACCUAACGCGUAUCAAGGAAGAAAACGAACGAUUGCACGCGACCGUUGAUGCCCUAAAGGAUCAUAAGGAGAUAGCGGAACGUAAACUGGUUUCGCUCAUGGAGGAAGUUGAGAGAAACCAGUCCAGCACACUGGAGAAGAUAGUUUCCGAUUCUAACACUACGUUAGAACAAACUAUUGUCGCCUUCAAUGAUAUAAAAGACCAAAUCGCUACUCCACUGGUGUACUUCCACGCCCGCUCUCCACAAACCAGUAGCCUGUCAACAGAUGAGGUGAUCGUGUACAAGACAGUGGAGACCAACCAGGGAAACGGCUACAUCGCCACCACGGGCAAGUUUACCGCUCCAGUACCGGGACUCUACAUGUUCUUCAUGCACACAUGUACGCGGCCAAAUACAUAUGGUUAUCUCCAGAUAUUAAAGGAAGGAUCAGUCCUCAUUGCAAUUAAACAGUACAACACGUAA